CUAAACUGUUUUCUUUUGCCGAAAGUUCUGCUUAAAAAGUCGAAGAAAUGUGCCUAAAACAUCUUUCUAUCCUCAGUAUGAAAGGACACGAACCUGAUGGUUUGCAAAUAGAGGAAAAACUUCCCCAAUCGAAACGCCAUUUUUUCGCUUUGUGAAACGAGCUGCGCGGCGCAGUUUAAACCGGAUGUGACGUCACUUUUUGGUGGAUGAUCCAGAUACGCAAAUUUCAGGAGUCUUCUGCCCCGCCCCUGGUCAUCGGGCGAAACGACCUGAUACCGUAUGGAAUGCCAUCCCUAAGGCUUCAUCCUUGCUUGCAGCUGCUUAAAGAAGACUUAAUAAUGCCUCCAGGUCUCUCGACCAUAUCCAAUUUUUAAAAGAGGUACGUGUACUGAGGUUUGUUAGCGGUGGGAAUUGAGAGAAACGGUGGGAGAUUCAAGCACUAUCCAGGUCCAGUUUUUGGGAGACUGAGCUUCUGAAUUUUGGAUAGCACUCUCUUUGAGACCUUACUUUGGGCUGCGCAAGGAUAUAAUUCAUGCAGCAAAAUGCACAGAGCAAGUCUUCUUCAAAACUUAAAGAAGAUCCAAAGCUGUGGAUCUGGGUUGUCCUCCUCUUCGCAACACCAUGCUAAGUUCACAUGGCUACCAGCUGCCACGUCACAGUAUAACUUCUCCACACACACAGGAAGUAGUGACACUGAAACUACAACUUGGUCAAGUGCAUCCCACUUUAGCCGUCUGUCAACUCAAGAGCUGGUCCUUGGUUACAAGCCACCUAUUGCAGAGUGGCUAUUCCUACCUGGAUCAUCAUCUGGGGGAUUUCCUGAAUUUCUUCCUGGACCUAAAGAGGGCAGUUUAUUUCCUACAGCUCACAAGGUAAACAACCCAGAACAAUUUGACAUCAAAGCUUGGUCACAUGUAUGCCGGGAGCUGGUUGACACAGAACUUGCAUCGUAUGGUGCAAUACUUAUCAGGAAUCUACCACUCUUCAACAUGGAAGAUUUCAAAAGUUUUCUCUCCAACCUUGGCUACAGAUUUUUUGAACAUGGAGUGACUGGUUAUAGGACCCCACUGGGUGAUCAUGUUUACACAGCCUCUGAUGACCCCCCUGAGGUUACUAUGGAACCACACAAUGAGUGCUCAUACUCACCUUUCUUUCCCAAAAAGAUAAUAAUGUUCUGCCUAAAAGAACCAGACUCAUUCUGUGGUGGUGAAACUGUACUAUUAAAAAACCAAGAUCUCACCGCCAUCUUAGAUCCAGAGGUAAUUAGCAAGUUUGAAGAAAAGAAAGUUCGUUAUCAAGCUUUUCUGCCAAACAAAACCACAGAUGCUGGGCUACAGAAGAGCUGGCAAGACAGAUUUUGUUGGAAGAUGCUCAGGCAGUGGAAAAGAUUCUUGAAUCUAAUGGAUGGAGCUUUUCUUGGGACCAAAAUAAAAAUCUGAGAUUCUGGUACCUCCACUCACCUGUCAUCCCUCACCCAGUGACUGGAGAGAAGAUAUGGUUUAAUCAAAUAACAAGUUAUCAUGCAAGCUACUUCAGAGCUCUCCCUCUAUACAAGAAUGUCACUAUUGCAGAUGAUGAGUUCCCUUUUCAUUCCUACUAUGGUGAUGGAUCAGUGAUUGAGCCAGCAGUCAUUCAGCAUAUUCGUGCAGCUAUGUGGUCAUGUGCAAUGGGGUUUCGCUGGCAAACAUUUGACAUAGCUGUGUUGGAUAAUCAACAGGUUUUACAUGGAAGGAUGGGGUGGACUGGGGAGAGGAAACUAGUGACUUCACUGAUUGAUGAGUGAACUUAGCAGAAAGUUUAUUAGGAUGUUCAGCCUUACCACCCAUUACAGUAUUUUAGACUUCAUAAUUUUUAUAAGUGAGGCUUUUAUUAUCCACAGCAGAUUUUUAAAUUCACAUAUAGCUUUUUACCUUUUAAUGAUGAAAAUAGAGUCCCAUAAUAUCUAUUUGGGAUUAAAAAAACUUUCAUCUGUUCAAAAUAGCGGCUGUCCAAUAUAACUCAUUAUUUUACACAAUAAAUUAUAGACAUAUUGAACAAUUUGCAUUUGCAAUUUUGAAUAACAAUAAUUUCUCAAUAUUCGUAAUAGGAAUUGGAUCAAGUACAAUAACAUUAUUAUUAUUCUGCAUGCUUGUUUGAUUUUGUAAUUAGUCAUCUGAUUACUUCAUGAAUUCAGAGGUUCAAUUAAGCACUAAUUUAAUCAUAUCUGCACUGACAAAUUAUGGGUUAAAAAGUCAUGAAAUGUUUUCCAUAAGUUUUACAAACAGUAGGGAAACAUUAACAAGAAAGCCAUUUAAGCACAUGAUAUACUGACUUGCAAAUGGCAUUGCUGUCCAAUUGCAAGUAUCUGGUUACAAAAAGUUGUAUUCAGAUACCUGUAAUUGGACACCCAUGUGAUUGCAAGCCAAUCAAGUGACAAACAGGCACACACAGAACCAAUCACAAUCAAGAAUUAUUAUUAAUUCAAGCCUUUUUCAUUGCAUUUGCCAAGUUUAAGUUCAACAUUGCCACCUCUGUGAUGUUCAAUGAAAAUGUUACUGUCAUCACAUAGAUAUCACAAGCUUUGCUGUCAGUGAUUCUGUGAAUAAAAACAAAGUCUGUCUUUCCACAAGCAAAGGAA